UAUCCCAGGAAGGGGUGGAGCUAGGUGCAUUGUGAGUGACAGAGUGAUACCGGUAAGCACCUGAUUGGCUGACGGAGGGAGGAGAGUGUUGGCGUCACUGUUUGAGGCACCCGGAAGUGGCGUGUGUGCCCGGAGCGGUGAGACUGAGCUGCAGACUGUGAAUAUAGUAUAGGAUCAUAUAGCCGAGCUGUUUGCGGGGAGUGCGGUCUCUGACUACCUCUACCCUGUAUGUGCCGUGUCUGCCGCGUAACCAGCCCCGCAACCGCUCACAAAGCCCAGUCACACGCACCCCGCUCCACCACCGGCAGGCAUGACCACCCGCUCUGAGAGGGAGAAGGCCCAAAAGCUGAAUGAGCAGCACCAGGCUAUUCUAUCCCGCAUGCUGAGGGAGGAUGACAACAAAUACUGCGCUGACUGCGAGGCUAAGGGGCCAAGGUGGGCAUCUUGGAAUCUAGGUGUUUUUAUUUGCAUCAGAUGUGCUGGGAUUCAUCGAAACCUUGGUGUUCAUAUAUCAAGAGUAAAGUCUGUCAACCUGGAUCAAUGGACCCCAGAACAAAUUCAGUGUAUGCAAGAUAUGGGAAACACAAAUGCAAGACUGCUUUAUGAAGCCAACCUUCCUGAAAGCUUUCGAAGACCUCAGACGGACCAAUCAGUGGAGUUCUUCAUCAGGGAUAAAUAUGAAAGGAAGAAAUAUUAUGACAAAAAUGCUGCAACCACUAUAAGUACGUCCUCCUCUGAUGCUGUGCAGCCCUCGGCAUCCUCUCCUUCUCUGCAAGCUGCUGCUGAAAAAAACAAAUUGGAGAAAGAGAAGGAGAAAAAAAGGGAAGAGAAGAAAAAAGAGAGAGAACCUGAAAAACCAGUUAAACCUGUAGGUCUGGAGAAGGUUUUGAAAAAAGACGCCCAGAUAGAGGUUAAAGGCAGUCCAAAGAGAGCCCCGGAGAUGACUGUUGAUCUUUUAGGGCUUGAUGCUCCUGCUGAAGUAACAGUUGCAAAUGGAAGCACAUCUACUGCAGGCACAUUGAAUGAUGAUCUGGAUAUAUUUGGUCCAAUGAUUUCCAACCCUAUUCCUGCGUCAUCUGCAGCUCCAACGCAGGUCACAUCCACCACCCCAGUUGCUGUCAGUGUACCACCACCUUCCUCUGGCGAUCUAGAUUUAUUUACUGAUCAAACGGUAAAAUCUGAAGAAACUCAGAAAAAGCCUAUGUCAAAAGACUCAAUUUUGUCACUUUAUGGUACAACAAACUUGCAGCAGCAGAAUACGGCAGGCAUGUUCAUGGGUUCCUCUCCAAUGCCAUAUUCUUCACAGCCGACAAACAAUUUCCAGGCUUUUCCCACUAUGGGUGUAGCUGUUCCUGCAACUACUGGGAUGAUGGGAAGCAUGAUGGGUCAAGCCAUGCCUGCAAUGGGACAAAAUGCUGGAAUGAUGGUUGGCAUGGGAAUUCCAAAUGGAUUUGUUGGAAACACUCCUACUGGAGUUAUGGGGCUCCCUUCCAGUAUGAUGGGUCCACAGGCAGGAAUGGUUGGAACACCACCUUCAAAUAAAUUUGGCAUGCAGCAGACUCAACCUUCUCCUUGGAAUAUUUCACAGAUGAAUCAGCAAAUGAGUGGAAUGAGCUUGAAUGGAGGAAGCAAUAUGAUGGCUUUUGGUCAGCCUACAAACGCAGUUGGAGCAGGAUGGUCUGGAAACGCUGCUGGUCAGACUCUAAGCACACAACUUUGGAAAUGAGAGCAGCCAUUAUGAGGAUCCAUUCGACAUUCCUGCUUUAAUGCACAUCAUGUACCCUGUUUUAAAUAUGUAUAUAAUGCUUUCUCUUCCCAGUGUCUGCUCAUUUUGUUGGUUUGAAUAGAUUGAAUCUGGUAGUUAUGUGGAUUAGAAAGUACAUUUACAUAUCAAAAGUUUUCCAUGACCUGUCGUUUUUAACUAAUGUUUAUGAACAAACGUGGGGAUUCAUUUUUUUUGAGAGGGGUAUGUUAGGUUUUAUUUUAGUUUGUUUUUGUGCUAUGGUUUAAAGGAAAUCUAAGGGUUGUAUUUAAGGUAUACUGGGUAUAUUGUUAGUAUUUUCAAAUUCUUAAAAUGUCACCUAUCGCCUCCCCCUUAAUUAUCCUGUGGUCCUUAAAAAUAAACUGUAGUUAUAUUGAAGUAUCUUUAA